CCUCACUUUCGCACCUUUUGCGCCUUUCGUCCUUUUUUGCAUUGCGACCGACGACCUCCGCCAACCCGCGCCGCGAUCCAUCAACUGCUCAAUUGCACCUUUGCCUUGCUCACCACUUCACUACCUUCUCUUCUCUUCCUCACCUUCUUUUCCUCCCCAGGCCCCCAUCAUUCCUCCACCCCGUCUUCUUCCCCUUUCCCACCAAGCAAUCAACUUCGCCCAACCGACUAUAUCGUCGUCGCCGUCAUCGCCGUCAAAACAGGUCCCCCGUCGGCAGUCUCAGACAAAUCUCUUCCGGCUUCACAGAUCCAAAGAGACUGCAGAUAUCCCAGCAGGCCUCUUCCCGUUUCUUGUACUCUUCCUGCCGGACGAUGCGCUAUUCGCCGCAUAUCGCUCGGUGACCAUACGCUAUCUACUCAUCCUAGUCCCCCCCGUUGCAAGAGAAGGAAAAGAGAGGGGGAAAAGUAAACAAAUCGACUCGGUUGCGCCACCACUCGUUGCGCACCGCACCGCACCACACUGCGAAUAGCAUCAUCAACAAGCACAACCAGCGUCUUUGCGCUGUGCCCGUUCUUUUUGUUGCUCUUUACACUCUAGCCUCCCACGAAAAUAAUCGCAAUCGAUAGUCGACACUCGAAGGGAAAACCGCCCUUUUUCUUUCUCCGCCCUACACCUAAUCCAGGCUGCCGUCUUGUCGACAUAAUUCACCAUGGACACCGGUUACCUGUCACAACAGGUCAACACCAUCAUCGGCCAGCUGCACGGCCUAUUCGACGAGAUUGGCGUUCCCAAUCAUGAUCGCGAAAAGCGCGAGGAACACCUCUUCGAGGCCCUAUCCAAGGCCCUGACCGACCAGGUCCGCCUAGUGACGAGCGAAAAAGAAGACAUGGUCGAGGAGGCCAGCCGCAUCAUCACAACCAUCCAGCAAAUGGAGGCGUCACUUGACGAUAACCGCACCCACCGCGAUCGCCACGACGACCUCCAGAUCACAUAUCCACUGACGCGCUGUUUGCAAGCGCUCAAGGAGAGGCACAAACAGGUUGCCCGUUCGCACAAGGAGCGAUUCGAACAGGUCAAGAAACUCGUCGAAGCGCUGGAAUCAUACUCGUCCCACCUCGAGGCCACUUUUGUCCAGAUCCCCCUGCCCCCGACCGGCCCGAACCAGUCCAUCCCGCCCAACUUCGAUCUGUCGCCGUCGUACGUGGACAAGCUCGACCAUGAGUUUACGAGAGUCUAUGAAGAGUACACCCGUCGCGUCGCAACAGUUAAGGCCCUUUGCGAGCACAUCAUUCAGCUCUGGGCCGAGUUGGGCACUCCCCAAGCCCAGACCGACGGCGCCAUCGUCAAGUAUUACCGCGAUUCGCCCGAACAGCUGGGCCUGCACCAGGAGGACAUUGAGCGGCUCAGGGCGAAGCGCGAUAAGCUGUCGGAUGAGAAGAAGAACCGCGAGAAGCGUCUGAGGGACCUGCGAGCGGCGGUCGAGGCCCUCUGGGACAAGCUCGAGGUCGACAUGGGCGAGAGGAAAGCGUUCCUCAACAGCAACCGCGGCUGCGGCGUGAGGCAGAUCAACGAGUUCGAGGACGAGCUGAACCGGCUGAACGAGCUGAAGCGACAGAACCUGCACCUCUUUGUCGAGGACGCCCGCUACAAGCUGCAGGAGCUGUGGGACGCGCUGUACCUGUCGGAAGACGAGAUGCUCGAGUUCACGCCCGCAUUUUCCGACGUGUACAGCGACGCCCUCCUGGAAGCCCAUGAACGCGAGAUCCAGAGACUGGAAGCCCUUAAGGAACAGCGCGCGCCGACGCUCGAGCUCGUCGAUCGACACAAGAGCCUCACGCACGAGCGCAACGAGCUUGCGGCCUCCAGCCAGGAUGCGUCUCGCCUCAUGCUACGAGGUCAAAAGGGAGAGAAGCGCGACCCCGGCAAGCUCCUCAGAGAAGAAAAGAUGCGCAAGCGCAUCGCCAAGGAGCUCCCCAAGAUCACUGUCGACUUGCGCAGGGUCCUCGAGCAAUUCGAGGACGAGUUUGGUCGUCCGUUCCUCGUCCACGGCGAGCGGUACCUGGAUGUCAUUGAGGCCGAAGACAGACCGGCGCCUGGCCCGCGAUCCAAGACGCCUGGCGCCGGAGCGGCGGCGCCGGCAUCGAUGACCAGACCAAAGGGACACGCCAGAGCAAACAGCACAGCAGGCGGCACAACAGGCAUCGCGAGACCACCCACCCGUAACGGAGCCAGGACGCCGGCUCCUGCGCCCUCGGUCAAGCGCAACACCAACAACAUGAACAGCGCAGUUCAAACCAGACCCCUUUCCGCUCACGCGAAAUCCCAGGAGAUCCUCCGACCGGGUUCGGCCAUGGGCACCGUCAGGGAGCGGGCGCAGACCCUCAACCGGCCGCCGGGCAGUCCCUCUCGGAUUCCUGCACGUCCGCCCUUGACGAACCUCAAGUACGGCACCAAUUCGCCCGAGCGGCAGCUGGACAGACCCGCAUCGAGGAUGGAUGGAUACGCAACGAUUCGGGGCGGAGCGCCAAUGCGCGCACCACCUCCCAAGAUGCGGGAUCUCAACAUGGUAGAGCUCGAGACGCCGGCGAACCCGUACAAGAUGGCAGGUCUGGGCGGAAGCAUCGUGCGCCAGGUCGAGCUGGAAGACCCCUACGAUGAGGACUGCCAGCAGCCGGGCCUCAUGAGGGCCAACUCGACGCUUUCGCACACAUCGCAUGCGUCGCAUGCGUCGCACGCGUCAUACGCAUCGCAGAGCUCUCACCACUCUGUCGGAUCCUCCCAGCACGACUACCACUCUUCGACUCUCCGCCAAUACCCACCCUCUUCCUACUCUCAAGCACCACCGCCACGACAGAUUUCCAAUUCUUCCAAUGGAUCCAGUAACGUGACGGGCUCGGAGAACUGGGAGACGUACGACGACGCCAGCGAGCCGGAGCAGGAUGCCACAGACACAUACUAUGCCAAGGUGCGGGCGGCGCGCGGCACGCGGUUCGAACCCGAAGCGGCAUCUCGGCCGACAGCCAACGACGCCAAAAGGCAACGGCCGUUUCCAAUGAUGCCACCUCCGGGGCAUGCGUACAGCGACGGCGAGGGAAACCGCAUUAUCUCGGGCAGUGAGUGGACGGACGAAGACGGGUACUAAUAACGAAGUCACCCGUUGCUUCGUGUCGUAUCGCGUCUUGGUGUUCUGCGCUGGCCCCGGAAUUAAUAAUUCAACGCGAUGAUUAUGUUGGAUGAUUACAUAACGCCUUAUGUCUGAAGGACGCAAUCGCACUUGGCCCCACGGCGAACGUACGUUCUCCGCUGUCUCCAAGGCCCAUGGUGCCUGCGGACGCUUCUUCGCUUCUUUUCCGUGUCGUUAGUACUUGGUUGUUGAAGUGGCAGUGGGGGGUGGUGAGAUAUGUGAUGGAGGCGGCGGCCUUCGCGGUUUCUGAUUCCUCGUGCAUAUCAUGGAGUGGACGCCGCUCGGCCUUUGGGUUUUGUAAUAAACAUUGACGAGACUCACCCGAUCAACGACAGCCACAUGGCGGUUGUUUGAGUCGUUCCUGUCGGACAUAUUCCCCCAUCUGGGUAGAAUGUUUUUGGUCAUUAAAGCAAAGGGAGGUUCGGAAGGGAGGGUUCGGCAUCGGAGUUUGCUUGGGUUUUCUGUCUUUUUUCUUUUUUCUUUUUUCCCCCAUGGCGUCCGGAUGGCCGCGCCGGACUCGGUCGGGUCCGGGACUCCUGUUUGUGUGCUUUUUCAACCUGCGCAUCCAUCAAGGACAGCCAGGUUGUUUCUUAGUUUAGGCAUGAAAAAAACGAGGUGAUGGAUACAUCACACAAUUCCGUAUACUUUCAACUGUCCCCCAAUGAAGAAGAAUGUGUGAUGUGAGGUGUUGUGUCGAGUCGAGUUGAGUCGUCCGGCGGUUCCGGUGAUUAGUGAGGUGCCGUCUUAGAAGGGUAUAGAUGCGCCCAGGUACCUUUCUGUACUCUGUACUCCCGUAACAUAGGAAGUUGGAGACAACGGCGGGAAGCCCGGAAGAAGAGUGCCAGGCCAAUGACGGGAGCUAAGGGAGGGACAAGACAUUGGCAGAACGAAACAGUCGAACAGACGGACUGGCUGGCAACCGGUCAGGUCAAAUACACGCGAGAGCGAGUAGGGCGCCCGUUUAGCCAGGGGAUGAGGGGGGACCCAGGUCCGCUAUUAUGACGCCGGUGAUGUCGAGAUCAUCGGGUGGUGUUUACGGUGUGCGGUGUGUGUGUGUGUG